GAAACCUCAGAAUUUGUCUCAUCGAUCAUUGUCAGUGUAUGUAUUCAAUUUCUUACAAAAACCGGUUCAAGAAUUCCUAUAUUGAUAAUACUCUUUGGGUUAAAGACUGUAUCAGAAACACAGUCACUGAAAUCAGACGUAAUAUCAUCAAAAUAUUUUUGGUUUUGACAUUUCAUUACAGAAAAAUUGGCAGACAUAAAUAAAAUUCGUGCUGAAAAAAUAUUGCAUCAUGUUGUCGCGUAUGUGCGUAGCACGAUCCGCCUUUAACGUAGGCCAUACACUCAAAUCACCAGUUCCUAGUAAUUUUGUACCAAAGAAUUAUGUCGUGCGGAGCUAUGCACGGGCACCAGGAUCCCGUACCAGAGUUGCUUCUCAAACACAGGGUUCAUCACUAUGGGCACGACUGAUGGCUCCAGCCGGACCUAAUGCAUUCAGCAUGGGAAAAGGAGCAUUGGCUGGGGCAUCAGCUGUUGGCUUGGGUGCACUUUGUUAUUAUGGUUCAGGAAUUAAGCCUGGUGUGUGCACAGAAGCACACCUUUGGCCACAAUAUGUAAAAGAUCGUAUUAGAGCAACAUAUGGAUACAUUGCCGGUUCCAUAGUACUAACUGCUGGUAGCGCCUACACAGUAUUUAGAACACCUGCGCUAUUGAACCUAGUUGCAAGGAAUGGGUGGGUGUCAAUAAUAGUAACUCUAGGCAUGAUGAUUGGAUCUGGCAUGGUGGUACGAGGUAUGGACUACACACCUGGGUUUGGUGCCAAACAAUUAGCCUGGGUUGUACACACUGGUAUCAUGGGUGCUGUCAUUGCACCUAUGUGCUUCCUGGGUGGUGCUGCACUUACUCGUGCCGCUUGGUAUACAGCUGGUGUUGUUGGUGGCCUAAGCACAGUUGCAAUCUGUGCUCCAUCUGGUGAAUUUUUGAAUAUGCGGGCACCACUAGCUAUGGGUCUAGGAGCUGUAUUCGCUGCAUCUCUGGCCAGCAUGUUCGUUCCCCAGGCUACUGCACUUGGAGCAGGACUGUAUUCUAUCAGUUUGUAUGGUGGUCUGAUAGUAUUCGGCGGGUUCCUGCUGUACGACACCCAAGCUAUUGUGAAACGCGCUGAGGUUCACCCUAUGUAUGGAUUACAACCCUACGACCCCAUUAACUCUGCUAUUUCGGUAUACCUUGACAUCAUAAACAUCUUCAUGCGAAUUGCCAUCAUUGUGUCUGGAGGCGGCGGCAACAGGAGGAAGUAAAAAAAUAUGGGAACUGUCUAGAGCUUUCAUAUAAUUUUUUGCUGUAAAAAAAUCGAACAAAACAAAAUUGUUGGUAGACAGCAGAAACUUUAGGGAGUCAAUAAAUAUAAUGUUGUUGACUGAAAAAAAAAAACAAUGUGAUAUUAUUGUUGUGUAGUCAGUAAGUUGGUGUAUGUUUAAUAAAUUGACAAGUGGUCGAUAUUGGCUUUUUUUGUCCCCAUGGUAAUGUUCGAUUCUUA